UACGGCGCGGCCCAGCGACCUCCGCGGGGCCUGGGCCGCCGGGCGGUGGUACCUGUGCUGCGGCCGCGCUCCCUGCUGCCCCCGGCCCCGCGCCCGCCGCCGCCGCCGCCAUGGGCAAGAAGCACAAGAAGCACAAGACCGAGUGGCGCUCGUCGUACGAGGAUUACGCAGACAAGCCCUUGGAGAAGCCCCUGAAGCUGGUCCUCAAGGUUGGAGGAAGCGAAGUGACUGAACUCUCGGGGUCUGGUCACGACUCCAGUUACUACGAUGAUAGAUCAGAUCACGAGCGAGAGCGGCACAAAGAAAAGAAGAAGAAAAAGAAGAAAAAGUCAGAGAAGGAGAAAUAUCUGGAUGAUGAAGAAAGAAGGAAGCGAAAGGAAGAGAAGAAGCGGAAACGGGAGAAGGAACACUGUGACACAGAGGGAGAGGCUGAUGACUUUGAUCCUGGGAAGAAGGUAGAGGUGGAGCCGCCCCCCGAUCGGCCUGUCCGAGCGUGCCGGACACAGCCAGCUGAGAACGAGAGCACGCCUAUUCAACAGCUACUGGAGCAUUUCCUUCGCCAGCUCCAGAGAAAAGAUCCUCAUGGAUUUUUUGCUUUUCCUGUCACGGACGCUAUUGCUCCUGGAUACUCAAUGAUAAUAAAACAUCCAAUGGAUUUUGGCACGAUGAAAGACAAAAUCGUAGCUAAUGAAUAUAAGUCAGUCACGGAAUUUAAGGCAGAUUUCAAACUGAUGUGUGAUAACGCCAUGACAUACAACAGACCAGACACUGUGUAUUACAAGUUAGCUAAGAAGAUUCUUCACGCAGGCUUUAAGAUGAUGAGCAAAGAGCGGCUGUUAGCUCUGAAGCGCAGCGUGUCGUUCAUGCAGAACAUGGAUUUUUCUCAGCAGGCAGCUCUCCUGGGCAGUGAGCACACAGCCGUGGAGGAGCCCGCUCCCGAAGUGGCACCGGUACACGUAGAAACUGCCAAGAAAUCCAAAAGGCCGAGUAGAGAAGUCAUCAGCUGCAUGUUUGAGCCAGAAGGAAACGCUUGCAGCCUGACUGACAGCACAGCGGAGGAGCACGUGCUCGCCUUGGUGGAGCACGCGGCCGACGAGGCUCGCGACAGGAUCAGCCGUGUCCUCCCAGGUGGCAAGAUGGGCUACCUGAGGAAGAGCGCAGAUGGAGGCCUGCUCUACAGCGUGGUCAACACGGCCGAGCCGGAUGCCGACGAGGAGGAGACCCACCCCGUGGACCUGAGCUCCCUCUGCAGCAAGCUGCUGCCCGGCUUCACCACGCUGGGCUUCAAAGAUGAGAGAAGGAGCAAAGUCACUUUUCUCUCAAGUGCCAGCACUGCACUUUCAAUGCAGAACAACUCGGUAUUUGGGGACCUGGGAUCAGAUGAAGCGGAGCUGCUGUAUUCCGCCUACGGAGACGAGACGGGCGUGCAGUGUGCGCUGAGCUUGCAGGAGUUCGUGAAGGAUGCUGGGAGCUACAGCAAGAGAAUGGUGGACGACCUCCUGGACCAGAUCACAGGUGGAGACCACUCGCGGAUGCUCUUCCAGCUGAGGCAGAGGAGAAAUAUCCCGAUGAAGCCCCCAGAUGAAGUGAAGGCUGGGGACUCCCUAGGAGAUGGCAGCUCCGUGCUGGAUUUUGUGUCAGUGAAGUCGUAUUCUGACGUCUCUCUGGACAUCUCCAUGCUCGGCUCUCUGGGGAAAGUGAAGAAGGAGCUGGACCAUGACGACGGCCACCUGCACUUAGAUGAGACGACGAAGCUCUUGCAGGACCUGCAGGAGGCGCAGGCAGAACGCGGGGGCUCCCGGCCAUCAUCCAACCUCAGCUCCCUGUCCAACACCUCGGACAGGGACCAGCACCACCUGGGAAGCCCUUCUCGCCUCAGUGUUGGUGAGCAGCCAGAGGUGACCCACGACCCGUACGAAUUUCUUCAGUCUCCAGAACCUGCAGCCUCUACAAAGAGCUAGCCUUGUAGAUAGUCUUGGAUUGUUUGUUUUUAUUUUCUAAGUUUUCAUUUGCACGUACAGAGUGCUUGUCGUGAGACAGACUUUUGUGUUGUCCCCUCUGGCGUGCGGGAAUCAACCGGGGAGGUGGUGAAUUGUCUCUGAUAUCAUGUCGGCUGCAUACAGAUGCAGUGUUUCUGUAGACAGCCGUGAACCCUGAAUCGUGGAAAUCCUACAUAAAGGGUGUGUGACCAGAUCUGUGAAGCUGGUGUGGUCUGUCUGAGCCUCAUGGUGUCGGUACAGCCCUUCUCGGUGGCCGGCGUGGAUGUACCUGUUCUGCCCACAUCCUCCAUGAGCGCCCCUGGGGCAGCAGACGAGGGAGCACCUGUCCACAUGUGUUGGGGGUCCUGCAUGUUCUUUACCCCCCGGUCCCCACAUCCCCACAUUUCUGAGGCAGGUCACCAUGGGAGCCACACAGGAGCCCGUGGGAAGCUGGCCGUGCCCCGUCCUGGCCCGGGACAGGCUGGGAGUUGAGGGUUAGUUCACGUGCCUGAGAAAGGGGUACUUCCUGCUGGGAGACUUAGAGGCCAGCUGCCCCACCAGUUUCGGUCAAGUCUUACCCGUUUUCUGUUCUGGAUGUGUAUACUGGCUGCUUGUUGAUAUUUGCACACUAUAAGUACAGAUCUUAAAAAGAAGCACAAAGACUGCAAAUGCAUAGAAUUAUUUACAGCACUGCUAGGUGUCCCUUUUGAGUGACUUUUCAGUAAAAGACCUUUGUCACAUGA